AAAGGUUUUAUUUUGAAAGUUCUGACAGGAAUAUCUGCCGAUACCCGAUUACAAACUUCUGUAGUCGUGGAAAUUGCGCAAGAUUUUCUUUGCUUUCCUUUCAGGGGAAUAACACGAUGGCGAACGAGGCGAGACCAUGUCCCUGUGAUAUUGGGGAUCGAAUGGAGUAUGGGUGUCUCGGUCAGGAGGUCCAGAUCGAGCACUUUCAAGCUUAUUUGGUGAAGCCCAAGGCGGCGUCUGACAAGGCCGUAAUUGUCAUUCAGGACAUAUAUGGGUGGCAACUUCCUAACACCAGAUAUAUGGCUGAUAUGUUGGCUGCCAAUGGAUACAUGUGUGUUUGGAAAUUAAAGGCUGUGUGCCCGGAUUUCUUCCUCGGAAAGGAGCCGUGGAGCCCCGCACAUGACUGGGCCACAUUUACGGCAUGGCUUGAAGACAGAAAGCCGACCAACGUCAACAAAGAGGUGGAACCACUGUUGAAGUUCUUGAAGGAGCAAUGUGGUGCUAAAGGCAUCGGUGUGGUAGGCUUCUGUUGGGGAGGGAUUGCCACACAUUAUCUGGCCCUGAAUAACCCCGAGGUGAAAGCUGGAGUGUCAUUUUAUGGGAUCGUACGUGAAGGAGAAGACAGGUAUGCUCUUAAGAGCCCAACUCUUUUCAUCUUUGGAGAGAAUGACGACUUCAUCCCAUUGGAUCAGGUGAGUGGUCUUGAAAAAAACCUAAAGGAGAAAUGCACCAAGGAUUACCAGGUGAAGAUUUUUCCUGGGCAAAAUCACGGGUUCGCCCACCGAAAGAGAGAGGACAUCAACCCGGCAGACCAGCCACAAAUUCGGGAGGCCAGAGCAGAUAUGAUCAAUUGGCUCAACAAGUACAUUUAAAUAAGUGGAAAAAUGUUAGGAGGACCAUUGGUGCCUUUAUGAGACCAGUCAUUUUUGUGACAAGGCACAAUUAAAAGUCAAACAAAUGUAAGAGGAUGAACAAUCAGCAUAUGGAACUAACCAUACACUUUUUUUUAAAAGAACAUUAUGUGAAAAUGCACACUAUAACCAGUUUAUAUAGACUUAGUAAUAUACAUUCAUAUAUACAGUAAAUGCAUAAUCAGCACAUGGAACUAACCAUACACUUAAUUUUUUAAAGCCAAUCAGAAGGCUUAAGAAUAUAACCUGAAAAUGCAUACUAUAACCAGUUUAUAUAGACUUAAUAAAUGAUAUCCAUUCAUAUAUACGGUAAAUAAAUGAUCGGGAACACUCAAGGUCAGUAAAAAA